CUGUAUAUUCCAGGAGAGAGAGAGAGAGGGAGAGAUGGGAGUGAUGAGGGCCAUGUUGUGGGAAGCAGUGCCCUUCACAGUGAUGGUGACCAUGGAAGCUUGCACUAUAGGGUUGACUAUAUGGGCUAGUACAGCCAUGAAUAAUGGGAUGAGCCCUCUUGUAUUUGUUUUCUAUUCCAAUUCCCUUGCUUCUAUCCUCCUCCUCCCUUAUUCAUUCAUUUUUCACUGCACUGACAGAACAGAACAACCACUUUUCACCUUUCCUCUCUUCUUGCGAUUCUUCUUCCUGGGUUUAACUGGGAUAACCAUAGCGCAGAACCUUGCAUUCUUGGGCUUAAGUUACAGCUCUCCGAUCCUAGUCUGUGCAAUGGGCCUUUUGACCCCAUCUUUUUUCUUCAUGCUCUCUGUCCUGCUCAGGACGACAAAAUUAGAUUGGAGAAGUUCAAGCUGCCAGGCUAAAGUAAUCGGCACGUUGAUAUCGAUCAUGGGGGCAAUAAUGGUGGACCUUUACAAAGGCCCAGUGAUACUUAAAACUUCUGUUUCUUCAACAUAUGAUCUUGAUCUUCAACCCAAGCAGCAACUGAUCUCCAUGAUCUUCUCCUCAACGCCGGAGCAUUGGAUUCUUGGUGGCAUUUUGCUAGCAGCUACAUCAUUGUCUGUUUCAGUAUGGAACAUUAUUCAGCUUGGAACAGUGAAACAAUAUCCAGAACUGCAAGUAAUGAAGGCGGCGUCUUUCUAUAGCGUACUGGGGACAGUUCAAUGUGGGAUAGUUUCUUUAACUCUAGAGAGAAACCCAAGUGCUUGGAAACUAAAACUUAACUCGGAGCUUCUUCUCAUUGUUUUAACAGCUGUCUUUGGGGGUGUAGUCCGUUCUCGUGUUCAUAUAUGGUGCACGCAAAGCAAGGGCCCUUUAUAUGUUCCAAUGUUCAAGCCUUUUGGGAUUCUUUUUGCAACCAUUUUUGGUAUUAGCUUCUUUACAAAUAAUCUUCACUAUGGAAGUGUAAUAGGAGCGAUCAUAAUUGGAAUUGGGUGCUAUGCUGUGAUGUGGGGACAAAUUACAGAAGAUGGAGUAGGUGAAGACCAGUGUGCGGGAAGUGUGGAUUCCUUGGAAGAAAAGACCGUCCCUCUCUUGCAAGAAGAGAUGCAAGUCUAA